GUGGGGCUGCAGGCGGUGGGGGCGGUGCCCCGGCGGGUAGCUGUGGGUGCUGUGGGGAUGGGCCUCUCGCCCUUGCAGGAGUGGGUAGAACGGGGCCCGCGGUCCUCCUCCGCCCCUCCUCGACUCCCACUUUGGACUUGGUGGCCGAAUACGUUCCAUCCCGUGGAAGGCGAAGCCGGAUUACCGUCACAACCUCGGAGCCCCGAGCAUUUAGCAUUUUGUUCGGGGAAGAUACUACUGACCUUUUGGGAAGAUAUGUCGGAGCAGCCAGGGGGUGGAAUAUUGGCAGGAGUGAAGCGGCUUGAGGUGAUAUCACUAGUGUUUUAACAUGUUGAAGUCGUACAGGGGCUCUUAGCUGUAUGCAUUUCAAGUAUGGACCGUAUGCCUCCUGACUCCUAACAUAGGGUCGUGAAUCAGGGUUCAGUGAGAGCGCAGAAAAAGCAGAGCCCUCCCAGACACCGGGGAGCAGAACCAGCCCGGCUUUUGAAGGGCACUGUCUCCUGGAGCUGUGCGUUCCAAAAGCUCCAGGCCUUCUCUGAGAGGGAGAGCAGGUAAUGGCAGCCAUGCUCCUGACAGCCUGGCCCCAGGUGAGCUGUGGGUCCUUCAGCUCUUCCUCUGAGCAGUUUCACAUUGAAGAAGGGAAGCUGAAGUCGGUGACCUUCGAGGACGUGGCUGUGUACUUCACUCAGACAGAAUGGAAUGGCCUGUCCCCUGCACAGAGGGCCCUGUACAGGGAUGUGAUGCUGGAGAAUUACGGAAAUGUGGCCUCCCUGGGAUUUUCACUUCUCAAACCUGCUGUGAUAUUGCAACUGGAGGGAGCAGGUGAGCUGGGGGACCCAUCUCCACUGGUGGCUGGAACAGAAAUAGGCUCCCAGGGUGUCUGGACUGUAGAUAUUGAGAGCCAGACUGACAAUAACUUGACAAAGGAAAUAUAUAAAGAAAAACAUAAUACAUCAUUUGAACUUCAGAGGGACUUUUUCCAGGAAACAGACUUUUCAGAAGCCUGUAUUCUAGAGAAACAGCAGGAAGUCCAUUUAGUAGGAAGCAUGAAGAAAGAAAACAGCAGCAUCAUUGAUGCAACGGUGAAAGACAACACCAGCCCCGUGGAGGAAUGUUUCUUUAGUCAGAGUCCAAACUUCUUUCAUUGUCACACCAUCACCACUGGACAGCAGCCCCUUGAACAUAUGGGAUUGGAGAAAGGCUUCAGCUUUGAUACAAAACUUACUCAGCAUGAACUAAUUAAUUCUGGGGAAAGAACUUUUAAAUGUGAAGAAUUAGUGGAAACCUUCAGGUGUAACUCUCAGCAUCAAAACAGCUACACUGGGGGAAAGCCCUAUCAGUGUAAGGAGUGUGGCAAAGCCUUUAGCGUUAAUGCAAAAUUAAUUUGGCAUCAAAGACUUCAUAGCGGGGAGAAGCCCUUCAAAUGUGUGGAGUGUGGGAAAAGCUUCAGUUACAGUUCCCAUUAUAUCACACAUCAGACCACCCACAGCGGAGAGAAGCCCUAUCAGUGUAAGGUGUGUGGGAAAGCCUUCAGCGUUAAUGGGAGUCUGAACAGGCAUCAGAGAAUCCAUACAGGGGAGAAGCCCUAUCAGUGCAAGGAGUGUGGAAACGGCUUCAGCUGCAGUUCCGCAUAUAUCACACAUCAGAGAGUCCACACUGGGGAGAAGCCUUACGAGUGCACGGACUGUGGGAAAGCUUUCAAUGUUAAUGCCAAAUUAAUUCAACAUCAGAGAAUCCACACUGGAGAGAAACCUUAUGAAUGUAAUGAGUGUGGGAAAGGCUUCAGGUGCAGUUCCCAGCUUAGGCAGCAUCAGAGCAUCCACACUGGGGAGAAGCCUUAUCAGUGUAAGGAGUGUGGAAAAGCCUUCAGUAAUAAUGCAAAACUCAUUCAGCAUCAAAGAAUCCACACAGGUGAGAAACCCUAUGAGUGUACUGAAUGUGGAAAAGCCUUUAGUGUCAAAGGGAAGUUAAUCCAGCACCAGAGAAUCCACACGGGUGAGAAACCCUAUGGUUGUAACGAGUGUGGGAAAGCCUUCAGGUGUAACUCUCAGCUGCGGCAGCAUCUGAGAAUCCACACCGGGGAGAAGCCUUAUGAGUGUAAUGAGUGUGGAAAGGCCUUCAACGUUAAUGCAAAACUAAUGCAACAUCAGAGGAUUCACACUGGGGAGAAACCCUUUGAAUGUAAUGAGUGUGGGAAAUGCUUUACUUCUAAAAGAAACCUACUUGAUCAUCAUCGAAUCCAUACUGGAGAAAAGCCUUAUCAAUGUAAGGAAUGUGGGAAAGCCUUCACUAUCAAUGCCAAACUAACUAGGCAUCAGAGAAUACACACUGGGGAGAAACCUUUCAAAUGUAUGGAAUGUGAAAAAGCAUUUAGCUGUAGUUCUGACUAUAUUGUACAUCAGAGGAUCCAUACUGGAGAGAAACCCUUUCAAUGUAAGGAGUGUGGAAAAGCCUUCCAUGUUAAUGCCCAUUUAAUUCGGCAUCAGAGAAGCCACACUGGGGAGAAACCCUUUAGAUGUGUGGAGUGUGGAAAAGGGUUCAGCUAUAGUUCUGAUUGUAUAAUACAUCAGACUGUCCAUACUUGGAAGAAACCCUUCGUGUGUAAUGUGUGUGGGAAAGCCUUCAGGUUUAGCUUCCAACUUAGUCAGCAUCAAAGUGUCCAUGGUGAAGGCAAAUCUUAAUGAGGAGGAUGUGGCAGAAAACUCUCAAGGUUAAUGAAAUGGAUCAAGUAUCAUCAGAUUCCCCCUGGUAGAAAACCCUGAGAGGGAAAUGAAUGGGGCAUCUUCACAUGGAAACAAAUCUUUUCCAUCUUUUAAAAUCAAGAAUGAGGACUGGUUAAAAAGUAACAUCCAAAAAUGAAUAGCUUGUUCUAUACCAACAACCAAUUAGAAAGUAUAAUGAAAGAAAGGAUCCCAUUCCCAACAGCAUCAAGAAAAGUGGAUUUUCUUGGGAUAAACUUAAUUAUUAUACACAGGUCUAUGGAGAAGUAAAUCUCCAGUAAGGGCCACAAAAGGAAAAAUUAAUGGGGGAGAGAGAGAAACCUUGUUCUUAGCCAGGAAAACUCAAGAUAUUCACUCUACCUAAAUUUACUUCCUUUUGACAACAAGCAUGUAUCACUUUUGUAAAGAGGAUGAACAAUAAAAAUUUCCUUAGAAAAGAUGA